AUGAUGGUUAUGUGGAUAUCUGUCAUGCUUCUAUGUGAAAUGUACCCAACACAUUCUAAGGAUUUUCAUCAACCAGAUCCAGUGAUGAUGGUCUCUGUUGGGGACAAUGUCACUCUGCGCUGUUUUUUUCUGAUAGAUCACACUGAUCCAAUUACUUGGUACAAGCAAACUUCUGGACACCAUCCACAAGCUGUUGCGAUGGUGCAGAAAUUAGCCAAAACUCCUCAUUUCUUUGACAACUUUAAAUCCUCACGUUUUAGCAUUGAGACAGACACAGAAAAAUGUCAUUUAAGGAUUUCAAAUGUCACUUCAUCGGAUGAAGCAAUGUAUUACUGUGGCUGGAGAAAGUAUGAAACUCACUUUGCUGGAGGCACAUAUUUGGCUUUGAAAGGGUCAAAAAACAACCGAUAUGAAUCCAAGGUGUCUGUUCUUCAGCAUCCUGGAUCAGAGCCUGUCCGGUCUGGAGACACAGUGACCCUGCAGUGCGCUGUGCUGUAUGAACACAGCACCACAGAUAUCAGGAUGUUCUGGUUCAGAUCUGAUUCAGGAAAAUCUGUUCCAGAAAUCCUCUACACUCAUAAUCAGUCUAAUCAUUGUGAGACUGAUUCUACACGGAGCUGCACUUUCAAACUGUUUAAGAACAUUAGCAGCCAAAUGGACACGGGCACUUACUACUGCGCUGUGGUCACCUGUGGAAAAAUUCUCUUUGGGAAUGGGACACAAAUAAAUAUGGUAAAGCCAGUGGAUCCUCUGGUGAUUAUCUUGGGUGUGUUAUUGGGCGUUUGUAUAAUUGUGAUCACUGCUCAAGCUGUUUUAAGUCAUAAAAAGGAAAGAUACUACAAUAACAAAGGUAAGCAUUUUGAUCUAAUUUACAUUGAAAAAGAACAUCCCUCGUGUCAGGACCAUGAUGCAAUGGAGUUGAGUUAUGCUGCUUUGCAUUUUAAGGAGGGAAAAAACAGAAGAGUGAGAAGGAAGGGGGAAACACCUCAAGACAGUGUGUACAGCCAAGUCAAUAACCCCCAUGAGACUGACCAUAGCGUAGAUGAGUACAGAAGUGUAUAG